AUGAACAAGCUUCUAGCUCUCUCUUUAGGAUCUAUUAGUUUGAUAGCAGGAAAAUUACAAAUUAUGGGAGGAAUUAACUAUUUUAGAAAACAUCAAGAAGUACAAAUUAUUUUAAAUGAGAUUGCUUUGCAUGAUAAAACUAUAUUGAUAACUGGGGCUACAGAUGGAAUUGGUUGGGAAACAGCCAAAAAAUUAUCAAAAGCCAAAAGUAUAAUUGUUGCAGGAAGAAAUAUUGAAAGAAUCAAAUCCUAAUUAAAUAAUUACACCAACAUCCAAUACAUGUAGUUAGAUUUAAAUGAUUUGGAUAAAGUGUAGUAAUUCUGUGAUGAAUUUAAAAAGAGUUAUGGAAAAUUAGAUAUCCUAAUUAAUAAUGCAGGAGUUUUUAAUUUAGAAUUAAAAUAUACUAAAUAAGGAUUUGAAUAGAAUUUUGGUAUUAAUUAUUUAUCUCCUUUUUUGUUAACUUAUAAUUUACUUAGUCACAUUCCAAAUGAGUAAGAAUCAAGAAUAAUCUUUGUUGCUUCACGUGCACACACAGAUUCUCCGCGUUAAGUUGAUUUCAACUAUUAUCUAAAACAAGACCCUAUACCAUAUCCUUGUCAUAAAACAUAUGCCAUUUCUAAAUUAGCUAAUAUGUAUGAAGCAUCAUCAUUUGCAAAUCAUCUCAAAGGAACUAAUAUUAAAGUUUAUUCAUUGCAUCCUGGAGUAGUACGAACAAAUAUGCUUAAUUAAUUUCGGUUUUAUUCAUUUUUAGCUCCAUUUAUAUGGUAUUUCACUAAAACUCCUGAAUAAGGAUCAGUCACUUCAAAAUAUUUAGCAACAUCACCAAACAACAAUCUAAAGAAUGGAUAUUAUUAUAAAGAUUGCUAUCCUAAGUAUCUAAAAUCAGACGAUAACGUAUUGUUUGAUAACACAAUAAAGUUACUUUAAAAACUUGGGUAUAUUAAAUGA